AUGAAUCUUCCCCAGACAUUUCAAGAUGCAAUCCAGUUGACUCAUCGCCUGGGAAUUCGAUACUUAUGGAUCGACUCUCUAUGCAUCAUUCAGGACUCUCGCGAAGACUGGUUGGAACAGUCGGCCGUUAUGGGUGAUAUAUACCAAUAUUCUUAUUUGAAUAUCGCAGCUACCAAGUCCACGGAUCCAUAUGGCGGGCUUUUUACAACAAGGAACCCAGUUCUUGUCACGCCACUUCGAGUCUCGAUCUAUGUGACGGUUCCCGCCAGGGUCACAGUACCGCAAGAGCAAGGACUUCCCUUCCUAAGAUUGGAAGGCAAGUCUCUACUGGUCGCGUCGCCCAGACAACCGCCACUUGAAGUCACUGAGAGAGAGCUCGAUCUUGACACCUAUCUUGGUAAUAGCGACGGCAGCUUGCGUCCGAGUGGUGCGAAUUUUUCUCAGACUGCGAGGAGCGUUGAACUGAUCGGAACUACACUGUAUGCCGAGCUCAGAACGCGUUGCAAAGAGUGGAAGAAAAGCAGCAUAGAUUUGAGGGAAGUUGUAGAAACGUCUGAUCAAUCACGCUUCAGGCUUAAGGGGACCUCCAUACUUGAAGUUCUUUUGUAUUCCCCCGACUUUGAAAGCUCUGAGUGCACUCUCGACUUGAACAGAUGUCUCGGAAAUCGCAACGGCGCUUUUGAUGUUCAAGGGAAGAAUUUCGCAUUCAGUGCAAGGCAUGUGUCUCUCGUUGGCACAACGUUGCAUGCCGAACUUAGGACAAUGGACGGGCUAUGGAGACAAAAUAGCAUCCAGCUGACUACGUUCAUAAGCUGGGACUCAGAGCAGCUACAGCCUCACAAAGAUGGCUGCGCAGCCCAAGUCUUCUUCGAUGUGGGCACUAAUGCUUAUCACAAAUGGUCGGGGCAGGUCGCACAGUCAAAGCUCUGCAGACGGGGAUGGGUGUUCCAAGAACGUUUUUUGGCUCCAAGGACCGUGCAUUUCACCCAGCAGCAGCUCUUCUGGGAGUGUACAAUGUCUCAAUCACUAGAAGAAGCCCCAUCCGUUAAGGUCGACAAUCGACAACCUGCGGCCAGGGGGGUGAGACUAGAUCUCAAGACCUGGGAUGUAUACUCACCGGCUUUACUCAAUGAGCCAAAAAAGAGAGACUUGGGGCUAAAUUAUAUCUGGUCGUCCUUCAAAGCGUUGCAUGGCCGUGAUGAGACUCAUCUUCGAAAAGAAAAUCUAUCUAGCGACUCAAGUCUUCUCGAACAUGCCAAGCGCAUGUGUUACGGUGGGGACAACUGGCAGCCAACGCAUCCGCUCCUCAAAUACUGGUCUGUGAUUAUCACUAGCUACAGCCCCUCAAGUCUGACAUAUAUCGAAGACCGUUUGGUUGCCAUCGCUGGUUUGGCGAAAGUUCUGUCCAACAGGACGGGUAUUCGUUAUGCUGCAGGACUCUGGAUGACCCAAAUCCCGCGGCAGCUACUGUGGAAUGCCUUCCAUGGGGAAAUUCGUGGAAAUCAUGGGAAGUACGUGGCACCAUCCUGGUCAUGGGCGUCUAAUCCUGGGUUUAUGCCAAACAGAGGACGGCUAGAUCCCAUACUGGAAACGAAGGGAGCUAUGGAUCUCAUAAAAAUCAUAUCUGUCAACGUCGAAGGAGUGCUGGAAAAUGACAACAUGCCUUUCGGUCAGGUGAGAAGUGGACGUCUUCGCAUACGCGGCCGUUUGCUUCCCAUCAAGCUUGAUCUCAGCACCUGGCCCAAGGGUGUCGUACGGAAAGAAGCACUUGUGCAAUUCUGGAGUGGAUCGGUACUUGAGGUGCCAGUGAGAGAAACCUUUCUUGUCCCAGUUAUUUUCACGCGCUGGAACCAGCGACUCCCAGAGGCUACGCCUAAUUCCCUGCUUCUGGAAUCAACGGACGAGAAAGGUGUGUUCCGUCGCAUUGGUACGGCGCGGCUCAGCAGUCUCUGUGACUUGAGAAGUAUCAUACCAGAACUGUAUACUGCUAUGAGUCGCAACCACGAAGACGAAGAUGACGACGCGACUAGCGAAGGUGAAGCGGACAAGGAGGAUGCUGAAUCUUUCACGGUGCCUUACAACUCUCCAGCAGUUGAGCCAAAUCCGCAGCAGGAAUGGACUGACAGUUUCAUCAAGCAAGUUCGUUCUUAUACAGACAAAUUUGACAGACUUGCGAAAGAUAAUAGCACGAAGCUCAGAUCAAGCUCAGCUAGUGAAAACAAUGUCCUUGCACCAAAGAUCUCUUUGAUGGCUAACCUAGUCACGUCUUUUAUGUCUAAUGCCCCUGGAGAACCGAGCGAGAAGUUAAGUCUCGAUGCUCGUGAGAUGGAACGUGAGAUGAGAACCCAAUUUCCGGGCUCAAACUUCAAUGUCUGCCUUCGGAAUGCGCCUUGGAGUCGAACCAAUGUCCAAAAAUUGAAGUCAAAGGCUGCGGUUGAAAGCCACUACUAUCUUGAUUACGUCGAGGAUGAUUCUAACGUGAUUCGAUACGGACAUUUUGUAUUUGAAAUUUGCUGA